AUGCCUCCGAAGGGGAAGCCUACUAAGCCCGCUGCCAGAAUGGACCCUGCUGCUGCUGCUGCUCCCGCGGCUGUCACGACUCCAGCACCAGCGACUCAUCGUCCGAUCUCCGCGACGGCUGUCCCGCCGAAGUCCUCGCGUACGAUAUUCGCCGAGGAAGAGACGUCUUCACUAACGCUCUCCGCCAAGCUUGCAGCGAUCCGGAUUGAGCAGGCUGCAGGGGGUGGGAAUAAUGACAAGAAGAAGGAUGCGGUUUUUAAGGAUGCGGUCUCAGAAGAUCCAGAGGGUGACGCUGCUGGUGAAGAGGAUGAUGGCGAAGCUUCUGGUAGUGGUCCUCGCUAUGUCAUCCUGGACGACGAAGACGACGGCCUGAUUGCGCAUGAUCCCAACGAGAGUUUCGAGGAUAAGGCGAAAGGGGAGCUUGCUGCAAAGCUGAAAUUUCCGCUUACCUUGUUGAUUCCUAACGAGCACAUGCAGGAGCUCCCGUUCAUGGAAGCGACUGUUAAGGGCCUGUUGGUGCUCUGGAAGCUCGACCUCACGGAGAAUGCGGCGGUGUCAACCAAGUGUCAAGAGCUUGCACCGGCUUACCUCUCCAAGAAGCUUUUCGGCCGCUUGCAAGUCUCCUUUGUCAAUGCUGCUGACGCGAACUUCGUUUGGCGCCAGGGUGUGGAUCACCUCUGUAGGGAUGGGAAGUAUGUCACCUUCGACUGGCAGUACCCUGAGGACCCCAGCUACUCACGGCGCAAGAUGCUGGAUCCGGCGGUUAUAGAAGUCUUAUUGGGUGAAGGGUCUGGUGGUGGCUUUUGA